UAAUAAAAAUUGCGUCAUAGUUAUCAGAAUCUAAAAAUUACCAGCUGGUCGAUUUUGUGUUGUUACACGAAAUUGAGUAAAUCCUCGUCAUCAAUAGGUUAAAUUAACAAUGGGAGCGGUCCUAGGAGCUUGUGGAGCAGCACAGCUGGCCAUGUGUUGUGGGAGUGCUGCCUGCAGCCUGUGCUGCUCAGUGUGUCCAUCAUGCAAGAACAGCUCCUCGUCACGCAUCAUGUAUGCCAUACUCCUGCUGCUCUCAACCAUUGUGGCUUGCAUCAUGCUCAGCCCUGGCUUGCAGAGCACUCUGGAAAAGGUUCCUUUUUGUAGCAGUGGUGGGUCAUCUUUCAUAUCAACUGCGGUGGAUAAAGUCACUGUUGACUGCUCUGAGCUUGUUGGAUACCUGGCGGUGUACCGAGUUUGUUUUGCCGUGACUCUCUUCUUCGUUGCCAUGGCCCUCAUCAUGAUAGGGGUGAAGAGCAGCCGUGACUUCAGAGCUGGCAUUCAGAACGGAUUCUGGGGCUUGAAGUACCUCAUUGUGAUUGGUACGAUGAUAGGAGCUUUCUUCAUCCCCCAGGGAACUUUUGGCACAGUUUGGAUGUACUUCGGCCUGGUGGGAGGCUUCAUGUUCAUCAUCAUCCAGCUUGUACUCAUCAUUGACUUUGCUCACUCAUGGGCUGAGUCUUGGCUUGAGAAGCUCGAGGAAUCCGAUGGCAAGGGAUGGUACUGCGCUCUGCUGUCAGCUACCUUCUUCAACUACGCUGCCUCAAUCACAGCUGUCGCUCUCUUCUUUGUUUACUACACCACGACCAACGACUGCGCCCUCCACAAGUUGUUCAUCUCACUGAACCUAAUCUUCUGCGUGAUCAUCAGCGCCGUGAGCAUCCAUCCUAAGGUGCAGGAGCACCAACCACGCUCAGGCCUGCUACAGGCAUCAGUGAUCACGCUGUACACGAUGUACCUGACGUGGUCAGCCAUGAGCAACUCACCGAUGCGUCAGUGCAAGCCAGACUGGCAGUCCGUCAUCAGUGGAGGCCCCGCUCAUGGCGGCGUUGAGGGCAGCGGUGCAGGCUCACUAGACGACGACGAUGAUGACGACAAACCUGAUUUCACCCGUCCAAGAUUCGAUGGUGAGUCCAUCGUCUCGCUGAUCCUGUGGUUCCUGUGUGUCAUGUAUUCUUCCAUCCGAACUGCCACCAACAGCCAGACGUCAAAACUCACCGGAUCAGACAAAGUUCUCCUUAAGGAAGAUAAUGCCGCGAGUGACCCCGAGGCAGGAGAAGGCCAUCACGUGUGGGACAACGAGACAGACGGAGUGGCUUACUCCUGGUCCUUCUUCCACGUGAUGUUCGCCCUCGCCACCCUCUACGUCAUGAUGACGCUCACCAGCUGGUUCUCCCCCAGCACCGACAUCACCGACGUCAGCAGCAACAUGGCUGCCGUCUGGGUCAAGAUCGUGUCGAGCUGGAUGUGCCUGGCGCUGUACGUGUGGACGCUCGUGGCGCCGUGUGUGCUCACGGACCGCGACUUCAGUUAAACACAACGGACGAUGUGGCCAUAAUUGCUCCAUGCUCUUUGUGCGCCAGGGCCAUUAUUGCUCCAUGCUCUUGGUGCGUCAGGGCCUUGAUAUGCUCCAUGCUCUUGGUGCGUCAGGGCCUUGAUAUGCUCCAUGCUCUUUGUGCGUCAGGGCCUUGAUAUGCUCUUUGUGCGUCAGGGCCAUUAUUGCUCCAUGCUCUUUGUGCGUCAAGGCCGUGAUAUGCUCCAUGCUCUUGGUGCGUCAGGUUCCUCAAUUCGCAAUAAAAGCUGCGGUUUUUGCUGAGGCCUGGUACUUCUUUGGUAAGGAUUACUCUCUUCUGAAUAUCAGGCUCGCUACUAUUAACAAAAUCAUCGAUGGUCUGUGUUGAAUAAAAUUAGGAUUUACUCUAUAGUUGACUGGGAAAUAUUGGCGUAAUAGUUGUAGAGGCUUUUGUCCUGAUGGAAUCGGUAGUUGAAGUUACCUAAACCAUACUUUCAAAACUCACUAAAUGAAUGUAAGUAC